CGACUUUCUGCGUAUGAGGCAGAAGUGAUAGCCAUAUGACCACCAAGCCGGUUAUCUAGAUCUCCGAAAUUGACCAUCUUGUAUAAAACAAAAACAACUGUCAAAAUCGCGUCCAACAGUUAUCAGUUUACUGCUUGGAAGCAAGGUUUGAUAAUCAGGCUCUGAUUGUGACCAGCUACGAAUGCGAUUUACCGAUUUACCGUCGUCAGACAAGUCGAAUUACAAUACAGUGAAUGAUACAGACUUUUGGCAAGUGGAUUGAUUUGUGAGUGAUUUGUGGGAAGAAAGUGCUAUAACUAACAAUAUGUGUAAAAACUGUAAAGAAUUACACGAUGAUUGUGGUGGGACGUGGAAUCGCUUCCAGGAUGGCAAGCGGGUGGUCGACUUUGUCCUGGCGUACAACGCCGAAGACCAGAGCGAGGAAACGGCACGCAAGCGCACCAUCUUCCAGAAGAACCUGAUAGUCGAAGGGCUGGAAAUCGAAGCGGAAUGCUCCCAGCGGACUCAUUUCAUCAAAAUCCACGUCCCACAGGAGGUGGUGUCACGGUACUGCGAGAUCAUGCGCAUGCAGAUGCCGAUCGUCAAGCUGCGCGGCCAGGAGAACAUUGCCCCGUCGCACAUGUCCAGCUUCGUGAUUAUCGAUCGGGGCAAGUUCCGGGCGAAGGAGUACACGCUGCAGUACGAGUAUACGCGCGACAAGGCGUAUCUGUUUGACGAUACUCAGCCGGAUUUCUUCACUCCGAGCAUUCGGAUAGCGGUGGCACAUUUUAUCCUGGAGAGGACGUACUUCAACGUGGGGGAAGAAAACAAGUAUGAUAUUGGGCUGCGGAAGUUGCUGAACGAUGAGGUUUAUCUGGCUGCGUAUCCGUUGCACGACGGAAACACGGACAUGCCGGAGGUAGAGUGCCAACGAACAUUGCUGCUUCAGAAGUGGGCUUCCGUAGUUCGGUGGAUUGAGCAUCAACCGUUGGAUAACAUAAAGGAGUAUUUUGGUGUGAAGGUUGCGAUGUAUUUCGCAUGGCUCGGGUUCUACACGCGCAUGCUUAUCUGGGCCUCAAUAGCGGGUUUAUUGUGUUUUUCCUACGGAUUGUGGACAUUCGGCAGUAAUCGGAUCAGUCAAGACAUUUGCAACGAUAAUUCAACGAUCAUGUGUCCGCAAUGUGACGCCGAGUGCGACUACUGGCGGCUGAACGACACGUGCACAACCUCGAAACUUGCGCACAUUUUUGACAACAACUUCACGAUCGUGUUUGCGGUGUUCAUGUCAAUCUGGGCAACUCUCUAUCUGGAAAUGUGGAAGCGAUACUCGUCGGCCAUUCAGCACCGAUGGGGCAUUACCAAUUACUGCUCUCUGGCGGAACCACCCCGACCGCAAUAUCUAUCGCGGUUGAAGAACAGCAAGAAGACGAUCUUCAACAUCAUCACAGGAACGCAGGAACCGUCGCCGCCGUUCUGGUCGAAGAAGCUACCCAGCUUUCUGUACAGCUACUCCGUGAUAUUCCUAUUCAUCGCCCUCACCAUCGCUACCGUGGUCGGCAUCGUCAUCUCCCGGAUGGCGCUGAUGACAUCGAGCAACAUCUUCGGCGACCCGAAGUCCGCAUCGAUCAAAUUGUUUGUCCUGCCGGCAACGGCCGCCAUCCUCAACCUGUUGGUGUCGACGAUUCUGAACUUCGCGUACGACAACGUGGCCGUCUACAUGACCGACAUCGAGUACCGGCGGACCCAGAGCGAGUACAACGAAAGUCUGAACCUCAAGAUCUACCUCUUCCAGUUCAUCAACUACUACAGUUCGAUAUUCUACAUCGCGUUCGUGAAGGGUAAGUUCCCCGGCUAUCCGGCCAAGUACAACCGGAUUCUGACGCUGCGCCAGGAGGAGUGCAGCCCGGGUGGGUGCCUCAUGGAGCUGUGCAUCCAGCUGGCCAUAAUCAUGAUCGGCAAGCAGAUCAUUUCGCUGAUCGUGGAGAUUUGGUAUCCUUUCCUGCUGCAAAAGUACCGCAAGUGCCGGAGCAAAGAAGAGAAGUCGGAGAACGGGGAGAAGCUGAUCUGUUGCAACCAGUGGACCAAAGAUUAUACUCUGACCAGCUGGACCGAUCGGUGUCUGUUCGAGGAGUAUCUCAAGAUGAUCAUUCAGUACGGAUUCAUUACGAUCUUCGUGGUGGCCUUCCCACUGGGACCGUUGUUUGCAUUGUUGAACAAUGUGUUCGAGAAGCGACUGGAUGCGAAGAAGUUUUUGCUCUACUACAAACGAGCUGUUACGCAGCGAGCUCGGAGCAUCGGGAUGUGGUACAAUGUGAUGCACGUGCUCGGGAAGGUGGCGGUGAUAUGUAGCGCAUUCAUCAUCGCCUUCUCGUCUAACUUCAUCCCCCGGCUGGUCUACAUGCACGCGGUCAGCCAGGACCGAACCGACCGAGGCUACCUGAACCACACGUUGGCCUACUUCAAUGUCAGCGACUUCGAACCCGGUGUGGCCCCCCGCGCAUCAAAGUUCGAAAACGUCACCAUGUGCCGCUACCACGAGUAUCGGAAUCCGCCCGGUUUGGACCGGCCGUACGAGCUCCCGCUCUUCUACUGGUGCAUUCUGGCCGUCCGGUUGGCCUUCGUCAUCAUCUACCAGAACGUGGUCAGCUUUGGGCAGGUGGUGGUAGCGUGGGCCAUUCCGGACAUCCCCGGGCGGCUGCAGGACCAGAUCAAGCGGGAACAAUGUCUAAUCAAUGAGUACAUCAUCCAGCAGGAGAAAGUUAAGACUCGCGAUCGGCAGAGUGGCCGUAAUUCUCAGAAGUGGUGCAAUGGGACGCUGUGGCGGCAGCAGAGCAGCUUGAACGAGUACGGGACGGUAAGUGCGGUGGAGGAGGAAGGCGAGGAUGAGAGCUUUGUCAGACGAAGGCCGAACGGAGGGAACAAUCCGUACAAUCGCGAAGGCUUCCAGGAGUUUGAGAUUGUCACGCCAAAAGCUUGAGGCCCAAAGGUUCAAAAUGAAAA